AUGGCAGCAGAUGGAGACCAAUCCGAAGUUCAGACCGCCAUUUUUGGUGUUGGAAUCAAUCCUGAACAAUCUAAUCGAGGACUUCAAGUUGUUCCUGUCAAGAACCCUCUCGAGGAUCCAGCGAGUCCAUAUUUUCUUCACCAUGGAGACAAUCUAGGAAACUCUCUUGUUUCUCAACCUCUCACAGGGCAAGACAAUUAUGUCUCCUGGUGCAGAGCAAUGCAGCUCGCCAUUUCGGUGAAAAAUAAAAUCGGUUUUCUUGACGGUUCUAUUCCUAAACCCUAUACUUCUGAUCAAAAUCUUUAUAAUGCUUGGUAUAGGAAUAACAAUAUUGUGAUUUCUUGGAUUCUAAACUCUGUGUCAAAGGAAAUUUCCUCUAGUAUUCUAUAUGAUGAAUGUGCUUCUGCUAUAUGGAAUGAUUUAAAGGUUAGGUUUCAUCAGAAAAAUGGGCCACAUAUAUACAAUCUAAGGAAAGAUCUUAUGAACCUUAAGCAAGAAAAUCAAACCAUUAGUAUGCAUUUUACUAAACUGAAAACGAUUUGGGAAGAACUAACAAAUUACAGGCCAUCAUGCACUUGUAAUGGAUGUACAUGUGGUGGAGUCAAGAAGCUUCAAGACCAUUAUCACAUGGAGUACAUCAUGUCUUUCCUAAUGGGACUUUCGGACUCUUUUUCUCAAGUUAGAGGAAGCAUCUUGCUUAUGGAUCCUCUACCCGAAGUCAAUAGAGUUUUUCACCUAGUUACUCAAGAAGAGCAUCAAAGAGGUACUAACUCAGCAGCUAAUCCCAACAAUUCCAGCCAUGCUAUGGCUUUUGCCUUUCAAAAUGACAAGAAAGGGAAUCAAAAGGAUGACACUCAAGCCUCUCGGUCACAUCCCCCCAAAAGAAAUCGCCCAUUUUGCACCCAUUGUAACAUUCUUGGACACACAAUCGAGAAGUGCUACAAAAUCCACAGUUAUCCCCCCGGUUUCAACAAGCAAAAUAAAUCCAAAGAAGCUGGUGCAAAUCAGGUACAAACUGGAACAGAAGAAGACACUACUGCCUCAGAAAAUCAUGCUAUGCUUCCGCAACUAACCAAUGUUCAAUACCAGCAGUUAUUGAACUUGCUCGCUUCACAGCAAACCGGUAACAACGUCAAUGAACCUGGCUCUUCCUCUGGAAAUUCAAGUAUUAUCCUAUCACAUAAUUAUAUACUUCCAUUACACAACUCUUGGAUCAUUGAUACCGGAGCAACAAGACAUAUUUGCUCUAAUAUCAAACUUUUCCAAUGCAUAUGUAAGAUCUCUCCAACCAAACUCAUACUUCCAAAUAAUAAUUUCCUUAUGGUUAAUCAAAGUGGGACUGUAAAUCUUGGUAAUAACAUGACACUUGACAAUGUAUUAUAUGCUCCUACAUUCAAGUAUAAUAUUAUUUAUGUCCGUUUUCUUACCAAGAACACUCCCAUCUCUAUAAAAUUCACAUCUGACAAGUUCAUUAUGCAGGACAAUACCAGCAACAAGAUGAUUGGAAGAGGGAAUGAAAUCAAUGACCUUUAUGUUCUUUAG